AUGUCGUCAUCCACAUACUACGGAGUACAUACUACAUACGUCCGUACUCCGUACAAAUCAUGCGCAUACGCUCCCGCCAGGCCUCCGUUGCAGCCUCAAGUUGCAGCCUCAAGUCCCAGGCUCACACAAGUUGCGGCCAGCCGCCAGACUCAAAUCCUCAAGUCCCCUUCCCCCCCCCCGUCCCCCACCCUGGCCUUCCAAGUUCCCAAGGUACGUAUGUACGUACCUGCCGCGUACCGCGGAACGACUCUCUGCAUUUCCUUUUCCUUUCUCCCUUCGGCGAAGCGGCCAAGGCCACGAGAAGAAAAGUUUCAGUCUGAACUUUUGCACUCUGCUGCCCUCGAACCGGUCAAUGGGCCCCGACCCGACCCCCAUCUGGGCAGGUCGCAACAUGAGAAUGAAUUAAACCAGGGGUGCACAGCCUGCCCCGCUGAUAUCGUAACCAGCUUCUCUUCCGGGACAACCUCGAUCGCCCACCAGGCUGCACGCAACGACAGCCUGCUGCCACCGAUGCCCCAACUCCAAACCUUUCCUCAUGGCGGAUCUACCCACCGACAUACCGUGCUCGGUGCUCGGGAUGCUCGGUGCUCGGUGCUCGAUGCUCGAUGA